AUGCCGGUUUGUCCGAAUCGUGUUCUCUACCUUCGCAAGCCAUAUGAUAAGAAAUCUAAAGCUGCAAAAACUCCAAAGACCCCAAAGGUUAUGAAAGCAGAAGUGGACACUGACUCGGACGAUAAGAAUACUCCCCCACCGGAGAAGAAAAAGUAUCGCUCGCCAAAGAAAAUGCGGCCGAUAUCAACAGGAAUGACCGCUGAGCAUAUAUCCUUACCCGGUCGACCUGGGCGCAAAAGUAUGGACGAGCUUAUGCUGCGGUAUCGGCAGAAGUUGAUGACGUUCUGGGAUCUCAUUUACAAUCACAAGGUAAUCUGA